AUGGCUGAGGAACAGAAUUGGCAAGAAGCAAGCAAUCACACACCGUGUGCGAAUAACUGCGGGUUCCUUGGGAGCCCCACAACGUUCAACUUCUGUUCCAAGUGCUACGAAGAUCAUUGCCUAAAGGACCAAAAUAUGUCACAGGCCAAGCUCGCCAUCGAGAAGAGCCUUUCUCAGCAACCAGAAACAUCUUUUUCUUCCAUAUCUUCCCCAGCUACAGCACCUUCUUCCGAUCCAUUGGUAGUCGUGAAGACGGUGCCUGAGGUGGCUGUAAAAUCACAGCCGCGGAACAGGUGCGCGAAAUGCAAUCGGCGCGUGGGUCUGACGGGGUUCACGUGCCGGUGUGGAAUCACGUGCUGCGGGACCCACAGGUACCCAGAGCAGCAUGGAUGCACCUUCGAUUACAAGACCAUGGGGAGGGAAGCCAUCACCAAGGCGAAUCCGGUGAUCAAGGCUGCAAAACUGCAGAAGAUUUGA